GUUACAUAUCUCGGACAACUUCAUAGAAUUUUCGUCGUAUAUCGAUAACGAGAAUAACCAUUCGCUAGUUAAAAAUUGAAAUUUGGGAAUUUUACAGAACAUUUUACUAUAUUAUUACACAAGUAAUUAUAAUAUUGAACUUCAAACAAUAUAGUUUAGUUGAUUAUUUAACUGUGGUUUUUAAACAUUACCCAGGUUUAUGUGAUUAGCCCUAACAUUUAAUACCGUUUAUUUAAAUUUAAAGUAAUACUGAAUGAUCAACUCUAUCAAUGAAUGAAUUCAAUGACUUAAUUAAACUAAAAAUAAAACAAAACUGCCUUAAACUUAAAACUUACUUAAAAGUUUUAAGUUGAAACUAGUUACUAAGACUUGACCAAGUUAAGUAGUAAGUUAAGUACUAACUAACUCUUUAAACUUAAAAAAUAAUAGUACUAUCAGUAUCAGUGAUCUGUCAUGUCUAACUUAUGUGUACAACUAUGUCUAUUGAGAUGUCAAACUCUCAAUGAGAGUAAAUAUUAAUGAGUAAAAGUGUAAAGUCUAAAGAAAAAGAAUAGUCUAGACCAGAGAUUCCCAUAGUGCUUUAGUGGUCUAUGACUAUAUCGACCCCCAGGGCCAGGGGUCAACUUGCAAGGGGUCCAUGUCAGAGAGAGAAAAACUUGGGGGUCCAUGAAAUAUGGGGGUCCACGAUAGUGGAUCUCAUGUAAGCAGGUCGUGUCUUCUAUUUUGGCAUUCCAUGAAUGGAAUAAUCUACAUACACAGAUUCAGAUAGUGUCUAUUUACUUACAUAAUAUUACCUUAAUAUCUUCCUACAUAAAUUAUAAAAGUACCUAUGAAGUAAAAAUUUUAAAAACAUAAAUAUUCAUGAAACAUGAUGAAGAAUCAGAAUCAUAUUAAAAUUUAAGUUAUGUUAUUAGGCUUAUUAGGUAUAUUUUCUGAUAUAUGAAUAUGAAAAUGUUUAAGAAUUAUUUUAUACUAGCAGUUUCCCGCAGCUCCGUCCUCGUAUGUUUUUAUUUUCUCUGCGUGUAAGGUUUUUAUAUUUUUUUAAAAGUAUCUUUCCGCAGUAAAUUGUAGCCUGUGUCAACUCUUUAGCUAGCUAGACCUCCAACUUUAUCUGCGCACAAGAUCACGGAGAUUUAUUGCUUGGUUUUUACGUGAAGUUUCUGGAUGCUAAAGAUCAAAUUUUAAAAGAAAAUUUAAUGAAGUGUAAAACAGACAUUGCCUAUUUAUUUAACAUAUUUUUUACUCAAUUUAAUAUAGUUUACUUGCAGUUACAAUCUGACAGUCUAAGUUUGAUUAAAACAAAUUCCAUAAUUUCACUGUUUCUUGCCAGAAUUAAGCUAAUGAAGUAAAACAUUUGGCGGUGCGGAUUUUUCCAGUUCCCCAGUUUGUCGCAGACAAACUGCCAAGAAGACGGCAUUUAAACCUACAUUCAACAUUUAAAUGUCCUCUAUUCAGAUUUUGAAACUAGGUUUGAUGAUGUUUUGACUGUGGUAAUACCACAGGGGAUAAUAAUAUGGUGACAUUGAAGAAACCAAUGUCAUAUUACAAUAGGAACUGAUCGGAAUAAGCACUAACGAAGAACUUAAGGUACAGUUUAGAAACGGAUAUCAGCAAUUCUGGAUUCGAAAAGACAUACCUGUUACUUAUCCUGUAUUAUGGAAUAUCGCGAGAAAGUUUUUAAUUGCCUUUCCAUUCUCAUACCUAGUGGAAAGGGGUCUCAGCGCAGUUACAAAUCACCUAACAAACAAAAAAGAAACAAACUUGACACCAUUAACCGAGGAGAUGUGAGAUUAAACCUAACUAAAUUGAUGCCAAAUGUUGAAUAUGUAUUACUAAAACAUCAGGUUCAUCCCCCAUACUAAAAGCAUUUAUUUUUUGCUUAGUUAUUUUAUGUAAAAGAAAAUAAAUUUUAAUUUGGUUCGUUUUAACUUGAAUUUAAUUAAUAAAUUUAUAAAACUUAACAUGUUUUUAUUAAAGUUUUUCACACUACACUUCACUACCGUUAUAAAUUUAAAUCUUUCAAAGUGAGUACCACUAUGCCAGCUGUCAAAAGUACAUUUGAAGUUAAUGAAUUUGCAAAAAAUCAAUAUCAGGUAAGCAAGGGGUCUACCCAAUGCCAAAAAACAUGGCAAGUGGUCUACGAGACAAAAAAUUUGGGAACCUCUGGUCUAAACUAAGUCUUAGUUUAGUUUCUUCUGCUAGAUCUUAGAUUAUAGGUACUUUGUACUUUGGUGUAUCAUCAGUCAUCAUAAACAUGUAAAUAUUGUUUGAGUUUGAUUAGUCAUAGUGGCAUAGUCAAUAGUUUGGGAACCUCUGGUCUAAACUAAGUCUUAGUUUAGUUUCUUCUGCUAGAUCUUAGAUUAUAGGUACUUUGUACUUUGGUGUAUUAUCAGUCAUCAUAAACAUGUAAAUAUUGUUUGAGUUUGAUUAGUCAUAGUGGCAUAGUCAAUAGUUCUGUAUGUUUUAAAUGAGUAUGAGGAUUUCAACUUGAAAAUGAUAACAAAUUUAUACUUGCUGCGAAAAAAUUAAACUACUAAGCCUAGGCCUACAGUGGCAUCAGAUUAUGAAAUUCUUUUUAAAAAUUUACUUUUUUUGUUCAGUUUUGUAAUUUUUAUAGGCCUAUAUCAAAUAUAAUUUCAGUAAUUAAUGGUAAAUCAGCAAUAGUGGUAUUGAAAAUUAUUCACAAACAUAGAAUGGUGCAUUAUAAACUAGUUUAGGCUUCCCCAAUUUUUCAUGAUUUAAUUGCAUCUUAUUACAAGUAACAAUGCUUAACAAAAGACAAUUUAAACUUAGAAGAAACAUUUGUCUGUAAUUAAUUCUAGUAUUAAUACUAAUAUACUAUAGCACUGUUCGUUACUUAUCUCAGAAAAAGAUUUUAUGACUUCGAUACCAAUCAUGCUGGCAGCACAGAGAGAAAAGCGUGCUAAUGCCGGGAGCAAAAUGUCAAAGUUGCUAGAGGCAGAAGAUGAAGAUGAUUUUUACAAAACAACCUAUGGUGGUUUUGAAGAAGUAAUAUAUUUUUGUUAUUAAUAAAUAUUAUCAAAUUAGUUUUUUAUUUAUUAAAAUAUAACUUCAUAAUUUAGAAUUAUUGACUUCUCUUUUCAGAGUGUGUCUCAUAUUUCUAAAUAACUCUGUGUUCAUACCACAUCAUUUUUAUAUAAUUUAUAUUUAUUCUAAGACAUUGUUUUCUAUUUAUGUUCAAUUUCCUGCUCUACAGGAAGAAGAAGACAAGGACUAUCACUCCUCACAGUCUGAUUCUGAUGAUGUCAUUGAUUCUGAUUUUAGUAUUGAUGAAAAUGAUGAAGUCAAGAGUGAUGAUGAUGUUGAUGGCAAGCCAAAGAAAAAGAGAAAAGGAGUUGUUACAAAAGCUUACAAGGUUUGAUGAUGGCAAAUUAUUAUUGAUGGUGAAGCAUUCAACCCUGUAGAGGAAGUUAACUUUCUCACACCACAUUCCAAUCAUUAUGUUUUUUUUGCCUAUCUUCUUCAGCAAAAAGCAACUGGAGCUUUUGUUUUUUAAUAAAUCUUAUUAUUAUUAUUUAAAAAUGUAUAGUCAUCUUACCUGAUAAAUUAAAUUUAUGCAUUAUAGCUAAUAUUUUAAUAUACUAAUAGAAUUUUUAAAAAUAUUGUCAACUGCAUUAUCAUUAAAAUAUUAAGUUUAAGAAAAAAUUUCUAUUUCAAGGACCCUAAAGGUGCUGGGGAUAAAGAUAUGAAACCUCCUAUUAAAAAACCAAAGAAAGAAAAGCCAAAAGAAGUGCUUUCUGCUAUUCAGAUUUAUGUUUCACCAGGUAUUCAAUAGAUCUUAUUCAUAAGUGAAGAUAGCUAUAUAAAUAUUAGUUUGGUUAAUAUAUGUGUGAUUUCAAGCAAUAGGUUAAUAUUUGUUUGAUUUUAAGCUCAUUCCCAAUUCAACUUAAAAAUAUUAGGGAUUUUUUCGAAUAAGUAGGGCCUAUAUAGUUUUUUUUCUUAACUUUUAUAUUUUUAAAAAUAAAUUGUAUUUUAUUUUUUUUUAGAAAGAAAAUCAGUCAGAAGAUCAACAGCAUUAAAAUCCGAGGCAGCCACAUCAAGGCAAAAGCUGGAUAUAGAGAAAGACAAAAUGUUAAAAGACAUGGCAGCUAAGAAAAAUGUUUCACACAUUCGCAGGAUGACACAGGAAGAACUACUGGAAGAAGCCAAAAUAACAGAGAUUCAAAACAUGAAAAGUUUAGGUAAAAUCAUAUCAUGUGUAGGUGGGGUUAUUUAAGAGAGAGCGGCCCGUGUCUAUUUCCAUGGCCGCCAUCUUGGUUGCCUCGACCCGCGCACUUUUACGUGUUCACGGGUUGAGGCAACCAAGAUGGCGGCCAAGGAAAAAUAAAAAAAUUCAUGUUUGCUAAAAUUAGGAAGAAAAUGUUAAAAAUGUAUGAAAAAAUUGUCUUAAAUCGAUCCCUAUGCCUAACCUGAACCCUAAAUCUAUCCCUAUGCCUAACCCUAACCCUAAAUCUAUCCCUAUGCCUAACCCUAAAUCUAACCCUAUGCCUAACCCUAACCCUAAAUCUAUCCCUAUGCCUAACCCUAACCCUAAAUUGAUCCCUAUGCCUAACCCAGCCCUAAAUUGAUCCCUAUGCCUAACCCUAACCCUAAAUCGAUCCCUAUGCCUAACCCUAACCCUAAAUCGAUCUCUAAACCUAACCUGAACCAUAAAAACUAGCCGUAAAUCCACAAAUAAAAACACAUGGAAUUUCACACUUUGGCAAGAAAACUAUAAAAGGUAACAAAAAAACAAUAAAAAAGGCCCCCAAAUAAUUAUAAACUAAAGAAAUAAUGAAAAUCCAACUUACAGUUUCAUGAAAUACACUUUUACACACUUUAUUUCAGGUUCCAAUGAAAAUAUAGCCACAAAAUGAAUAAAUCUCCACACCCCACAAGCACCCCAAAGAUAUCAAAUCUGGCGGAACAAAAGAAAUAUGAUAAUGAGCCAACCAAUGAAAAUUUUAAAAUUUUAAUUAAUCAACCAAUAAAAUUUUAAUUCCGAAAUGUAACUCUUUUAACAAAAAAUAAGAAAAAAAUAAGGGGAGCGAAUCCAAAACAAAGUCGCCUUGGGCCGCUCAAUCUGAAACAGCUGUAGGUGGUACAAACGGGUUAAAAAUUGAAACUGAUCAAUUCAUAAGUUUUUUUAAGUCUUAUAUUUGUGCAAGUUGUCCUCUACAAAGGUAUUUCUAAAUGUGUACCGGAAAUAUAUUUUGAAUAUUAAUACAAUUUUAUUUCAGAAAACUACCAGAAGCUAGAACUUGAAAAAAAGAGAGCACGUGUUGUAAAGCAAGCAUAUCAAGGGCCCAUCAUUCGUUAUCACUCUCUUACAAUGCCACUUAUAGAAGAGUUACCCUAUGAGCCAGAUGUUGAUGUCGACUCGGAGGAGUAAGUUGUGUACAUGUUGUUCUGGAGCAAAAAUCUGGAUACAUUACCAUCACAAAUGAUUUAUAAUAUAUUUUAACAAUAAUGACCUACUACGAUUAUGAGUGAGAUAAAUUAACCUAAUAAUUGCGCCAUCAGUGAUCAAAGCAGUGUUUCCAUUCGUUGCGAUCCAUAAACGUCAGCAUUGUGGUUUAAACGGCUUCAAAUCAGAUAGUUAUUAAAACACUCUAUUACACCCAGCACAAGUAACGUUGACAGUGUUUAUUUUUGCAGCCGUUUGAACGAAAGUUCUCACUAGAUCAUGUCUGACAAAGGUAUAGCAGGGUUUCCACGCAAUUGAGAAAACAGGAAUUAAUCAGGAAUUCAUUCAUUAAUCUACACUUGAGAAAUACUGUGCCUUUUACUGUUAGUGUCCUUAAUAAAUUCUUGCAUGGACCAAGUACAAGAGAUUGUCAGCCAAAACUUAUUUUAACCGAGGGAACUGAAAAGGAAUGUAAUACAAAUCUAUAUCACAAAUCUUGCAGAUUAGAUGCAUUAGUUUCAUCAUAAUUUUAGUUUCACUCCUUUGUAUUUGUAUCAUUUGAUAUUUUUGAAAGAUAAAAUAAAGUGAAGAACUUUUGUUUGUUUUUUAAAUUACUUUGAAAAUGCAUAAUUUUUUGUAAAACUCAAUAAUUUUUAAAAAUAAUAAACACGUUUGCAAGUUUUGGUAUAUGAACUGUAUUCAAACUUUAAUAUUAAUAUCAAUUACUCCAUUUUAAAAUGCAUGUCACAAAAAUUGUUUGUUGUGGUGCAUGAAUAGAGACAUCAAUAUUAAUGAGGCAUCUCCUUUCAUGACAACCCAACAACCACUGAGUGUCUAAGCAUUGAGGUUUUUGGUGAUGACAAUCUCUUGUACAAUUUUUAUGACACAAAAAUCACAACACUUGACGGUCGCUUUCUCUGAUAGAUAUGCAUUGCGUCACUCCCUCAGGGUCCUGGAGACAAAGAAACCAGAGCUAACAGUAGAUGAGAAGUGUGAGAGGACAUUCAUCACAUUCACAGACGAGGCUACUUUUAGAGAGGUUUUCUCACAAGUGUGAGUAGAUGGGCAACUUUAAGUGUGGUUAACAUUGAUAGUUUUGAAUUAUCUCUGGCAUGCUGGUUUUUUAUAUUAUCAUGGUGAUGCUUAGCAUUUAAUUUAAAGGACAUUGAUAGUUUAAAACUAUAAUUAUUAUAUGGAUAACUUUGAAAUACCUGAAACUUCUUUUUUAGGGGCAAUUUUAACAAAAAAAUAUUUUAAACUCAUAAUUUCUAAAAAUGUUCUGGUUUUAUUCAAAAUGCACAGAUUAUUUAGUUUCUUUAUUAAAACGUAAACAUAUUAAUUUUUUUUUUUUUUUACAAUAGUAAAAAUCUGCAACUUUUAUAAUUUUAUUGCUAGUUACGUGCUGUUUAAUAAAUUUAAUCUAAGUAGUAAUCUACAGUAUAUGCAUAAAAUACUGCAAUUAAUAAUUACAAAUUUGAAGUGUUUCAAUAAUUUUCAAUUAUGCAUAAACAAGGUGUGCAUAAAGUGUAAAUGCCCAUAUUUUUAUAGUGAUAUUUUACACGUAACUCAAACCAUUUGUUUUAUCUCCAUAAUUAUCUCCAGCAAAAGAAAACCACCUGGCAAGUCAAUAUGUCCUGUGACAAAGUUGCCAGCAAAGUAUUUUGACCCCAUAACACAGGUGAGAGGUUGAAGAUAUUGGUCAAUUCCUGGAUAUAAAAGUCGUGUCGGAAGUGUGACUUGCGAUAAUUUAAUUGUCAUUGCUGGCUUCACUGAUCCACCAAGCGGUUUAUAUUUCUGUAAUAAGUGCUUCAUGUUUGUCGAGCUGGCUAGAAGCAAUUCGAAGUAUGUAAAUCACAAAGAUAGUAAUGUAAUUUGUGAACAGUGAGUUAUAUCAGAUUUAAAAAAGUGCAUUUAACAAUGUAAAUAAGUUACAAAAUAAUUUCAUUUUUUUCCUAUAUACUUCCAUUUUGUACUUGAACUUAUUAACUUAUACCAGGUUUAAACCUCUUUUAUUAGUUGCACAAGUCAGUUAGAUUAAAUGUAAAAAUUAUUACUGUAUUUAUUGGCGGCAAAUGAUGUAUGCGUGUUACACGCCGAUAUAAUGUUUAGUUUUUUUUUCCUGAAAUCUCCUUCUUAAAUUGAGGUGCAUGUUAUAUGCCAAUAAAUACGGUAUUCAUUGUGGAGUGUUAUGUAGCUUGGGUUUGGCUGUCCAUUAAUUGAGCUGAUGGCAUGAUAUUUUUAAAUCCCAAUCAGCGGGUCAACUGGGAGGAACUUUUGAACAUGAAUUGAUACAGCUGUUCCUACUUUCCACAGUUAUACUUAAAUUCAUUCCCCACAAACAUAUGCGGGGCAGAUAGAUGAGCUCUCAGUUCUUUAGCAAGCAAUCUGUUGUAUUAACAGUGGCUUAACUUUUUUUUAUUAAACCUUAGCACUCUCAACACUAUGCCAAUCUGCCCUUGGUACUGGUAUAACUUAGCAAAAAAAGAAAGAAAGAAAGAGCAUUAUGAAUUGUCUCCCCUUGCAGUGCCAAGGUUCACACAAUGUUUCUUGUUUCCUUGAUGUUUCUGUAACAAGAUGGUAACAAACAGGUGUUGUCGACCUGAAUAGUAGCUAUUUCAUCCAAAGCUUCCACCAUGCAUUUGCAGGACAAAAACUUCAAUGAAUGAACAAAUCUUAGAUGGAAAUAAACUAUGGACGCAACUUCAUUUCAAUGAAAAUUACAACCAAAAAAACACCAAAAAAGCAACAACACGUUGUAUUAUUUAAUGAAAAGGAUUUAUUAAAUAAACAAAAAGUAUCAAUUAAAUACUCCAGAAAUACAAUCUGAGCCCUGUGAGAUAUCUGAGAUGACUGCUGGUACUGAGCUUUUUUUAAAAGGGGUUUUACCAGGUAUGCUAUGUGGAUAAAAUGAGAACUAUUCACAUUUAACCUGUUGUGAAAGGCUUUAACAUCUGCUCUUUAUUUCUUUAGAAAGAUGUACUGGUAAUGUCAUAAAUAUUUGCAGUUUUCAAUCUUUCACCCAAUUAAAUUUAAACUGUAUUUAUUUGAAUUGCCCAAGUCUAAGUCAACUUAUAAAUGGGAAAAAGUAUUUAUUUUUUAUAUUUUUCAGAUGCCUUAUGCUAAUGCUCAGGCAUUCAGGCUCAUACGGGAUGCGUACAUCAAACAGCUGGAGGCCGAGAACAAGCCAAGACCGGCUAGUCCAUCAAUUGGGCAAAAAAAGAAAGACAAAGUAGAAGAAUCUCCACAGACAGUAUCUGUCAAUUCAUAAAUGUCUUGUGUGUGUGUGAGAGGAGUGAGUGUGUAUAAAUAGAAAUUAUGUACUAUAUGCGAUUAUAAAAUAAAAACAUAUUGAAUAUAUCUAUUAGGUUUUUUUUGUUUUUUUAGUUUUUCAAAAUGUGAAGUGUGAAAAAUGUUAUGGAAUACAAGACAUUAAAAUUUGUAAUGUUAAUAUGAUCG